UAUGGUGUUGUCCCACUUAUCUGCUGUUUGACUGCUACGUUCAUGUCCCGCCUUCAUGGGAUCCCUCCUGUGACGUAACUACAUACUAAACUUUCUCCCCCCAAAGUUAUGCAGCGUUGGGUCAACAACAACCUCACACAGGCUGUGUAGACACUGCUCAACUAGGUGAUGUUGCGUUUUGUCGGAGGCGAAUCGUCCGUUUUGACACAGUCUCCACAAAGUUAAAUCGUUUCCACGCUGUUGUGUUGCGGGACAAGAGAGCCGCAGCUGUUUGACGUGUCCACUUUCAGGUCGAUCGUGGCAAAUAUGUCAAGCUCCGGCUGGUUUACAGUUUUUCUCUCGACAGCAGCUGUAGCCAUUCUUCUGGGGAGUUCGGUCAGCGCCCAACAUUUUCGUCGACCAACCAGGACCUCAGAGCCUGUUGUGAUACCCCGGCACGUUUCCACAGUUUACUUGAGCAGAGAUGAGCUCAGAAGGCUGCACUUCAAGCCCACCACCCCCUCCAUCCAACUAUCAGAGGGCAAUGAAGCCAAAUUCAACUGUUCCAUCGACAUUCCGGAUGCCAGGCUGGACCCCACCAUCGUCUGGAAGAAGAAUGGCGAGGAUCUGCCCACAAACAUUCACGUGGUGAUCAAUGAGCUCAAAACCACUACAGACGGGGUCACGACUCACGUCUCAACUGUCAUCAUUAAUCAAGUACAGAAAGCGGAUGCUGGAGAGUAUCGCUGCACACUGAGUAUUGGCAAUGAGAUAAAAAUGUCUCAGCCAGUCAUUCUAGAGGUAGAAGGUCUGCCUACAUUUACUCAACACCCGGAGGAUGUGAACAUAACAAGAGACACACCAUUCACCCUGUCUUGUGCGGCAGUUGGACCUCCAGAACCUGUUCAAAUCCGCUGGUUACGUGGCGGAGUAGCUGAUAGCGACUUUCAUAACUCUCCCAGCAGCUUCUCUGUGUCAGGUGUUGAUGAGGACACUCAGUUUAGCUGUGAAGCUUACAACAGCAAAGGUGUCACCACAUCCAGAGAAGCAAAUAUCCAUAUUAAAGUUCUUCCCAGUCCUGUGUCUAAUGUUGCUGUAACGGUGAGGCAGGCCAACAAGCUGAUGCUGAGCUGGAGCCCUGGACACGAUGGAUUCUCUCCACUCACUAACUGCCACAUCAGGGUUAAAGAGGUGAGUCGGAGGAAAGGGGAAGUGAUGACCACCAGGUUAAUCAAUGUCACCGUACCCCCUUUUCAAUGUGAAGUCCCUGGACUAAAGGCUAUGACGUGGUACAACAUGAGUGUAUCCUGUAGUAAUGAGGUGGGAGCCUCUCCUGUCACAACAUGGAUCCAGAGCAACACCACAGAAGGAGUGCCAUCAGUUUAUCCUCGAAAUGUCACCGUACACUUGAAUGAGUCAUGGCUCGUGAUCAAGUGGAAGCCUCCACCAGAUGAUAAGAUUAAUGGCAUCCUACGAGGUUAUGAUGUAAUUGUAAGACAUGGGACAGAUCAGAAAAAGGUCCACACUGAUGCUACCACAGCCUUUGUACCUGUGAAGGAAUUCAACAUGACCUACAGUGUGGAGGUGGCCGCAUGCACACAGGCAGGGAGCGGCAUGGUCAGCCCACGAGUCUGGUUCUUUGUGCCAGAAGACAAAUCAGUGGUGUCCCCCUCAUCCAGUCCUGAAACAAAGGUCCCGUACUCUGUCUCAGUUGUGCUUGCUGUGGCGUGUGCCAUCUGCCUUUUUCUGCUCAUCAUCUGGGGGGCUCUCUGUUUACGCAACAGGACUUGCAACUCUUUUUUUGGGUGGGUUUUUAGAGGUGGAGAAAAGCAGCAACCUGUCAUCGAGUACACAAACCAGAGGUCCUACAAUAGAUCAGCAGUAUCUAUAACGCUUGGGAACCUUGGUGUUAGCGAUGAACUCCAGGCUAAGCUUCAGGAUGUAAUGAUCUUAAGGAACUUGCUCUCAAUCGGAAAAGUUCUGGGAGAGGGUGAAUUUGGCUCUGUGGUUGAGGGGCAUCUAAGACAACAAGAUGGCACAUCUGAAAAAGUUGCUGUAAAGACAAUGAAAUUGGAUAGCUUUUCGCAAAGGGAGAUUGAAGAGUUCCUGAAUGAGGCAGCCUGCAUGAAAGACUUCAACCAUCCUAAUGUCAUCAAACUGCUCGGUGUGUGCUUGGAAGUAGGCUCUGGACAUUUUCCUAAACCCAUGGUCAUCCUCCCAUUCAUGAAGUAUGGAGAUCUACACAGCUUCCUGCUGCGCUCACGCCUGGGAGAGAGUCCAAUGUUCUUACCCACUCAGACACUCCUAAAGUUCAUGAUUGACAUUGCUUUGGGUAUGGAAUAUCUCAGUGGCCGUAACUUUCUGCAUCGUGACCUGGCGGCACGAAACUGCAUGUUGCGUGAUGACAUGACAGUGUGUGUGGCAGACUUUGGGUUAUCUAAGAAGAUCUACAGUGGAGAUUAUUACCGGCAGGGCAGAAUAGCCAAAAUGCCUGUGAAGUGGAUUGCAGUGGAAAGUCUGGCAGACAGAGUCUUUACUGUAAAGAGUGAUGUGUGGGCGUUUGGUGUUACCAUGUGGGAAAUUGCUACACGAGGUAUGACACCGUACCCAGGAGUCCAGAACCAUGAGAUUUAUGACCAUCUUGUUGAAGGUCACAGACUGAAGCAGCCACCAGACUGUUUGGAUGAACUGUAUGAGAUCAUGUACUGCUGCUGGAGAGCCGAUCCAUUGGACCGACCUUUGUUUACCCAGCUGCGGGAAAUGUUGGAAAAGCUUGCAGAAAAACUUCCAGAGUCAUCCAGCAAAGAAGACAUCAUUUAUAUUAAUACCAGCUUUCCUGAAGAGGACACUGAUGGGGCAGCAUUUCCUGCAGAGCAGCAAGUGUUUAGCUCAUCCCCUUCUUGCAGCUGUCAGGCAGCAGAAAAUACAGUAGUUACUGCAGACAUUCACAGGUGCCUGGAGGAGGAUGAGGACAAUGAUGAGGACAGUGAUCGUUACGUGGUGGUGAUCUCCUCCAAUCCUUCCAUGCGAUUCCCUACAGCGGACACUCCUCUUUUGUCAGAGGACACUUUAAAUCAAACCAGCGGCAGUAUGGUUACAGAUGUGUCGACAAUGGACCACAGCUCAAGUGACACUUCAUUCCUGCUAUAACAUUUAUUUUCAGUCCAGUUGAUCCAAACUGUGAUUAAAAACCACCAGGGUUGUCAGUACUAAACUUUUUUUGCCUCAUUGCACUGGGAGCACCUCUUCAUUCCUGGUGACUGUGCUGAAGUAUUGCUUUAUGUGCAGUUGAUGCUUCUCAUGGCCAGCUUACAUUUCAGUGUCAACAUCUUUUUACUUUGUGUGUCAGCAUCCAAAAUGUUAAUACACAUGUUUCAUAAGCUUCAGAUAAACUGAACUGGGAAAUCCAUUACAGUGUUGAAUUCUGUUACAAUGUAAAUAUAGAAAUGUACAAAAAAUGUAUUAAAAAUGUCUUUUAUUGUAAAAAAUAAAUAAAUA